UACCUUGUGCUGGAAACGUGUGUAAGGCAAAACAAGACAUUUAUUUUACGAGUGGUUUUACGCUUUACUAACACAGAGAAAUUUCUGUAUCAGUACGAUGGAUUUAUAUCAACGAUUUUAAGUGUACGACGUCUUAAAUAAGAUUUUGCCACAAACGGUCUUGGAACCAUUUGUGCUGUUAGCAGGAGCCACGGUGAAGAGGUUUCAUCUGGCUUGUAUGCCACACAUAAUAAACCGAGAGUAAACCGAAAUAACCAUGAAGAAGAAAUCUACAGGAAACAGUGCGAAGAAUGGGGCCCCAGUAGCAGCCGAGCGAUCGGGUGAUUACGUAGUGGGACAAGUGUGCGGCAGUUUGUUCCCAAACAAGUGCACAUCCGGCUCCGGUGCCCUGUCGGCCUUAUUCACAACUGAAUCCUCAGGUGCCAGCCUCUUGUUCGUUCCUGCACCAAAGCCCCUCCCCAAGAGUACAGAGACGAGCUCUGGGGACAGUGGGUCGACAGGCCAAAAAGUCCAGACUCAGAAGAAAAAGGCAGGUAAAGAGAAGUCCGCAGCAGAGAAAACGCUAGAAAACAGGGAAAGUGCUUUGCAAAAUGCAGACGAAGAGGAUAGCACCAAGAAGACUUCGAAGAAGAGUAAGCGAAAGGCAGCUGGAGCAGGAGAGGCUGGUUUGGAGGUAGAGGAAGAGCCUGCCCGAAAGAAGAAAGCCGUAAACAAGGCAGAAGAGAGAAUAAAAAACAAGAGAACUGUGUUUGUGGGGAACCUACCCAUCAGCUGCACAAAGAAGACACUGCAAAUUCUCUUCAAAGAGUAUGGGUCCAUUGAAUCAAUUAGAUUUCGCUCUGUGACACGAGAAGAUGCAUCUAUGUCACGGAAAGUUGCAGCUAUACAGCGCAAGAUCCAUCCCAAAAGGCAGAGCAUCAAUGCCUAUGUAGUUUUCAAAGCUGAAGAAGGGGCACUGAACGCAUUAAAAAGGAACGGCUUAGAGAUUGAAAAGGGCUUCCACAUCAGAGUCGACAGGGCUUCCAAAUCUUCUUCUCAUGACCACAAGAGGUCCAUAUUUGUUGGCAAUUUACCAUACGAUAUAAAUGAGCUGACCCUGCGAAAGCACUUUGAAGAGUGUGGAGGAGUGGAGGCCGUGCGUCUGGUGAGGGACAGAAACACUGGAAUGGGCAAGGGCUUUGGCUACGUACUCUUCGAGAGUAUAGAUGCAGUGCAGCUGGCCCUGAAGCUUGAUGCCUCUGAACUCGAGGGCAGAAAGAUUCGGGUGAAGCGCUCUGUGAAGAAGGAGAAGGUGAAGAAUGUGGCCCCGGGCAAGGGGCCCAGACCAGGGGCUUCCAAGGGCCAAAGCAAGGGAGGAGCAGGGAAGGGCUCCAGGACAACAAUGGGACCCCCAGACAGAGGGCAGAAAAAAGCCUUCAAAGCAAGACCGGGGCAGGGUCCCCAGAACAAGGCGUCCCAGCACAGGCUGGGCAAACCCCACGGAGGCUCCUCCUUCAAGGGCGAGAUGGCCAAGACUGGCAGUGAGAAACCCAAGCAGGGCAAAGGACUGAAGAAGAAGUUCAAACCGAGAAAGAAGGGUCAGACUGUCCACAUUUGAUCAGGCUGUUCACAGAUAUCCCAUGUGAUAUACAUGAACUGUUGUCCUAACAUUGAAUGCUUUGACAUUACUCACAGAUUUUAAACUAUUGUUGAAAGAACAUUUGGGAGCCUGGGAAUAAAAGAUUUAUAUAGAUAUUUUGGUAAACUUUACUGUGUGACCUUUUUGUAUACAUUUCAGUUGAAAAUGAAGCCCUGUCUUAAAUCUGAAUUUGGAACUCUGCUAUUGAUUCUUUAAAAUCGCUGAAAAAAUGUGUUUAAUUCACAGAAAAGGACCACAUAUCAAAUUCUUGGAGAAGUCAGAGAAUAUCAAUAUCAAAGAGAUCAGUGUAGUUUUGCAUAGUUUUUCACUAAUAUUUUUCCUGCUAGGACAACAUCACUGACAUGACUCCGAAAACUUCAAGCACAUAGUGUUACUCAGUAGCCA